AUGGUGUCCCAAGGUCCAGCACGCUUGUACGUGGGCCUCUGGGACUUCGAGGCACGCACGGCUAAGGAGCUGAGCUUCCAGGCUGGGGACCUCUUCCACGUGGCCAGGAAGGAGGAUGAAUGGUGUUGGGCCACGAGGCUGGACGAGGCCGGCAGGGGCCUAGCCCAGGGUUAUGUACCCCACAACUACCUGGCUGAGAAGGAGACAGUGGAAUCAGAGCCGUGGUUCUUUGGCAGCAUCUCUCGCUCAGAGGCCGUGCACUGGCUCCAGGCGGAUGGCAACGAGACAGGGGCCUUCCUGGUGAGAGUCAGUGAGAAGCCAGGAGCCCACUACGUCCUCUCGGUCCGUGACAAGAAGAUAGUGCGGCACUACAAGGUCUGGAGGCAUGCGGAGGGCCGCUUCUACUUGAACCAGGUUGUGUCCUUCCCCAGUCUGCGUGAGCUCCUCGACUACCACCACGUCCAGGGCCUGUCCCACGGCCUGCGGCUCACUGGGCCUUGCUGGAAGCACGAACCCCAGCCGCUGCCCCACUGUGAUGACUGGGAGCGGCCUCGGGAGGAGUUCACCCUCUGCAAGAAGCUGGGUUCCGGCUACUUUGGAGAGGUCUUUGAAGGGCUCUGGAAAGAGCAGGUCCGAGUGGCCAUUAAGGUGAUUGCGCGAGAUGAUCUCCUGCAGCAGCACACAUUCCAGGCAGAGAUCCAGGCCAUGAAGAAGCUGAGGCACAAACAUAUCUUGCCGCUGUACGCCGUGGCGUCCGUGGGGGACCCCGUGUACAUCAUCACGGAGCUCAUGCCCAAGGGGAGCCUGCUGGAGCUACUGCGUGACUCUGAAGAGAAGGUGCUUCCUGACUCGGAGCUGGUGGACUUUGCAUCGCAAGUGGCUGAAGGCAUGUGCUACCUAGAGUCACAGAACUACAUCCACCGGGACCUGGCUGCCAGGAACAUCCUUGUGGGGGCCAACAACAUCUGCAAAGUGGGAGACUUUGGGCUGGCCAGGCUCAUCAAGGAGGACAUCUACCUGUCCUAUGACCACAACAUCCCCUACAAGUGGACAGCCCCUGAAGCACUCUCCCGAGGGCAGUACUCCACCAAGUCAGAUGUCUGGUCCUUCGGGGUCCUCCUGCAUGAGAUUUUCAGCAGGGGUCAGACGCCCUAUCCAGGCAUGUCCAACCACGAGGCCUUCCUGAGAGUAGACGCUGGCUACCGCAUGCCCUGCCCCCUGGGGUGCCCGCCCACUGUGUACAAGCUGAUGCUGGCCUGCUGGCAGCGGGACCCCGAGCAGAGGCCCUGCUUCCGAGCCCUGCGGGAGAAGCUCUUCAGCUUCACGAGGUACGAGAACCCUCUCUGA